AACAUCAGAGACGGGUGUCUGCUGGUGGGGGACAGGACUCGGGGGAGAGGGCACCAAACACCCGUAACAACACCCACAAACGUUGCCCUUAACCCUGCUCUGGGUGUGUUGAAACCGAAACCCAUAAACCCAGCCCUGCUCGGCCCCCACGCCUCCAGCGAGCAGAGACAGAAGAGGAUCCAGACACGAGAGGAGCCAGGCGGAGGCGAUGUUGUGAAAAACAACUUAUGUCAGGACUUCCAGAGCUAGCUGCUAGCGCCCAGCACAGACGCCUCGGCGGGGGUUCGUGGGACAAUAUUCAGGGGAACCGGGAGCUCUAUUUUCAUCGAAAAUGGUGACUUUCUCUGCGCUGGUUCGACCCCUGGUCGCCCAGCUCCAGCGCCAGCUCCAGCUCGCCAGAGCCGGCGGGAGUCCGCGCUUCACCCCGGGGAGAGGAUGCAGCCUGACGGCGUGCUCCAGCAGAUACGUGCUGUCUCAGAUGCACCCCAUGUGGCAGGGACCCCUCGCGGUACCAGGAGGGGAUCGUCAGUCUCCCAUAGAUAUCGUUGUGAGAAAGAGCGUCUUCGAUUCUGAGCUGAAGCCUUUGGUCCCCGUUUAUGACCCAAAGACCUGCCAACAAAUCUGGAACAACGGUUAUUCCUUUCUGGUUGAAUAUGACGAUACGACAGACAAGUCCACGCUCAAAGGAGGCCCCCUGAGAGACAAUUUUAGGCUGUGUCAGUUUCACUUCCACUGGGGCGAGACCAACGACUGGGGGUCAGAGCACACUGUGGACCGAAGGCUGUUCCCUGCAGAGCUGCACUUAGUCCACUGGAAUUCUGACAAGUACAGUCUGUUUGAGGAGGCGGUGAUGGAAGACAACGGAUUGGCUGUUAUUGGAGUUUUUCUGAAGGUGGGAAAAAGACACGAGGGGCUGCAGAAGCUGGUCGACGCUUUGCCUGCAAUCAGACACAAGGACAGCGUUGUAGAGUUUACACACUUCGACCCGAGCUCUCUGUUACCCGUCAACACCGACGAUUAUUGGACUUACCACGGCUCCCUGACCACCCCCCCUCUGACGGAGGCCGUCACCUGGAUCAUCAUGAAGCAGCACAUAGAAGUCAGCCAUGACCAGCUGGCAGUCUUCCGAAGCCUUCUGUUCACUUCAGCCGAGGAGGAAGUACAGAAGAGCAUGGUGAACAAUUUCCGCGUGCAGCAGCCCCUGCGAGGUCGCACCGUCCGCUCUUCCUUCACUCCCUUCCUGCAGGACGGAGACGGCAAGCAGACCCACUGAGGAGGCCCGACUCAGUAAUGCACUCAGCGGCCGCGAUCUCACCACCUCACCACAGGCCUCAACAACAUCUCAACAAAGCUUUCUGAGGAGCUUUAAUGUUUUUAUUUCAUGAAUACAAUCACUGUUUUUAUUACAUAUAUAUACAUAUAUGUAUAUAUAUAUAUAUACAUAUGUGUGUAUGU